ACACCCCUGGCCCGGGCCCUGGACCGAAAAGAUACCUUCUGUAAAAAAAAAUGUGCUGCAGUGAACACAUGAGACACCACCGUAGGCCAAACAGGAGCACACAGACUACUCGCGCUGACGUGACGCGACCAAUGUGGGAGGCGCUGUUGUCGCCAUAGGAAACCGAGAGAGCAGCAACAUUUUUAGCGGACCCAUACCAGGAAUUAGGUGGGUCUGCUGUUUGAGGAACUGGGACAUUGUAAUAUAUAGAAAAAUGUUACAUCUGCUGCUCCAGACAGUAUAAUCAUGGCGAUUGCGAAACGCUUAUGGAUGGACACAAACGAGAAUCCCCAAUGAAGGUGGCAGCGUUUGAGAAAUGGAGAACUACGAGGAGUUCUGCGCGCGAAGCCUUGCCAGGCUGCAGCUGCUGGAAGAAAAAGAAGAAACUAUGCGCUGCCCGCCACCUGGCCAGUGGCACCAGCCCUCCCUCAUCCGUAUCCGCGGCAGACCUAUACUCUCACCCCUGCUGAAUGAGGAGGCGAGGAGGGAGAUGUGUGUGUACAGGGAGAGGGCCGUGGAGAGAGCUGCAGAGAGAGAGGUCCAGCGCAGGAGCAGACUGAUCACACAGGUGCAGAGCAUCCUGGACAGCGCACAGAAAUGUAGCACACAUCACCAAUCCGAAGCCGCUGCUUAUGCACGUGCUGAAGAAGACCACAGCCCUGACACGGACACCGAGCGGCACAUGGGCUCUCCAGAGCCGGACAGCCUACUGGAGGGACGGCCAGACGGGCCAGACACGGACACCACAUGGCAGACAGAGCCCUGCUCUCCUCCCCUGCAGCUGGAGGAGGUGGAGCUGGAGCUGGAGCUAGAGGUGGAGGAGGAAGAGAAGAAGAACGAGGGGAACAAUGGUGAAGAGGAGGAGGAGGAAGAGGAAGAGGAGAUGAGUCUACAGAGCCUGCUGCGGAGGUCACGGCAGUACAUGGAGCGGGAGCAGGGGCGCGCAGGGUUAAAGGGUAGCUGCGGCCGUGCCAACGUGGUCCGCUCGCCCACACCGCUGGUUGCCGCGACAACAGGGACUGGGACAAGGGCUGCGCUGGGGAACGAGAGCCUGUCCGACAAGGAGAACGAGAACGGCAGUCUGGUGCCAGGGGCGACAACACAGACUGCCCAAGGCCCCGCGUCGGCCGUCAGGAGCCCCGUGCAGCAGGAGCAGGCUGUGCGCCACAGUCCAACCGGCACGGGGCCGCGCUGCGCCCGCUCCCCUGAUGGCGUGCCGGGACGUGGGCCCUCCCCCUCCCCCGCCCUGCCCGGCAGGUUCGUCCAGCCGGAACCCACGCCGAGCCUGAGCCCCAUCCCGCGGCCUCACCGUGGCCGGCCCAGACCCGUCUCCACGGGGGACAUCCUCUUCUCGCUGCCCGUGGAGGCUGGUAUGGGCCGGCCCAGGGAGUUCGCCGGAGCCUCCUGGCUCACUAUGGACCAGAGGUCGCCCGAUCACCACCACCACCACCACGGCACCUCCAGUGCCAACUCUCUUGCCAGCAGCCGGCGUGCCAGUGCCAGUGCCAGCCAUGAGAACGGAGGAGGGGUGACCGGUGCUGCCAGCGUCUGUGCUGCCAGUUUUGUAAUGGGUGCCAGCGGCUCGAGUCUGCCCGGCGGCGUGGAGGGAUUCCGCAGGAGGUCCCACACGCUGGACAGCCAGUCGGGUGGCCGCCCAGUGGACCGCAGUCAGGAGAGGCUGCCGCGCUUCAUGGCGGGAGUGGCCCAGGUGCAGAUCUCCACCCGCAGGUCUCCGCCUGCCCCUGGCCCCGGCCCUGGCUCCUGCCCUGGGUCCGUGCCCUCGCCUUACUUGCUGUACGGGCAGGAGAGCCCCGUGCCCGCCCUGCUGCGCUCUCACGCCACCCCUGACCCCGUGACCGCGUCCUGCCAGGUCAGGCGCCGGCUGCACAGUGACAGCGACCACGAGGGCAGGCUCACCCCCGGCCUCCUCGGUACGCCUGGGGAGGGCAAACACACAGACUCGGUGGAUGCAGUCCAGUGGCGUGUUCAUGCUCUCGAAGAGGAGCAUGCGUUCCAACUGUCUCAGCUUCUGGCCGAGCAGGAGAGGGAGCAACAGUGCCUCCGCGAGGUCAGAGGCCUAAACUGCACCCAACCACUGCAUGCAGAGGAGCUACACUACUCUUACAGACGUUCUGAAGGGCUGGACAGCACGGAGCGGCGUCUGUCUGGGGUGUCUUUGGAGGGCACAGUGGAGUGGAGGGGUGGCAGGGAGCACUACCCAGCCUCCAGCCCAGCCGAGAGGUCCCCCCCUCAGGGCAGCUACAGCAUGGGUUUCCCCUCUCCUCUAAGUCCUGGUGUAGCUACACCCUCUACUCCGCCUGCCUACCAGUGGGGACCUGCUAGAGUCAGCACUAAGCCCAGGAACAGACUAAGCCAGGUGCUGAGUGCUGAGCAGCAGAGGGCGCUGUGCCGACUCACAGCCGUGGCCAGAGGCUUCCUCAUCCGUAGGCUGCUCAACACAGAGAAGGUCAAACACCUCAGACAGACAGUGCAGGACACGCAGGAGUUUAUUGGCUCCUUCCACACUGAUGUGCCCCCGAGAAGAGCCUCCCUCUCACCACAGGACCAGUCCCUGCAGGAGAGAGUAAGAGCGCAGCUGCGUGCGGCCCUGUUUGACAUCCAUGACAUCUUCUUUGAGCUGAGCCUGGAGGAGCGCCUGGCUCUACUGCAACAGGACCGAGAGCUACGCACCGAGAGAAAACUGAGGGACAUGGAGAAGGCCAAGGCCCCUAAGGACCGCAGGUGUCUGUCUGCUGCCACACAGAAGUCCCUCGACCGGAAGAAGCAGAGAGUGGGGGAAUCUCCAGGCCCAGUGAGGAAGACACAACAGAAGCCAAAGAGCCCUACAACUAAUAGGAUACUGCAGCCCAGCCAGGGUCAGAAUGCCCCGUCCCCUGGCAACCUCUACCGCCAAGGGAGCUGGUACAAGAAGACUCCAGAGGAACGCGUGAAGCGCACCAACAGCCUGAAGAAGCAAAACUCGCUGGGUUAA